AGAGCGUGAGGGGGCGCUCAUGAUGCUUCAUGCUGUAAACACUGAAUCUGUUCACUCUACACACGGGAUUUAUUAGCUCAAAGGCCACGGCACCUCAAAAACCGGUUUCGGGUUUAAUUUCGUGCUGCUUUAUUUUUUGUCACGACGCUGGAAAUUAUGUCAGAAAAUGAAGAUGACUGACCUAUCGUAGUAGCAAACAAUGCUAACGUUAGCACGGCUAGCUAACAGCGUUUCAGGUGAAGACAAGUAUCACUGUCAGUUUGUUGUCUUGGAACCUGUGUCAUCGGUAUGACUGAUAGAUUUUAGCUUUGUUGGCACAUCAGUAUUUGGAGGAUCGUGUCUUAAGUUAUGUAACCAUCCAGCUGUCUCUUUUAGCUUGUUAGCUAGCAGCUGUUGUUGUUGUGUCUCUCAGUUGAAGUAUCCUUGUAGCGGUCUCUGGAUGGGGUGGAGUUUGUGUUAGUGUUGCCCUACAGGCUACAAUAACGUCAUUUAUUUUAGUUGGCAAUUGUGGAGUACGUUGUCAGACAAAAUGGUGUUUCGAAGUUGCUGGAAAUCUCGACAUAAAAACGUCUCUGGAGCUGCUGCUCCUUGUUGGAUCCGACCCGGAUUGGCAGCCCUCCUCUGGUUCUGUGUGACCCAGUUUGUCUGCGGGGCUGGGGCGGUGGGCGAGACCAAAAACGUGGUCCAGAAGGACGCAGAGUUUGAUGUCACCUAUAACGACACGGUUACAAGUGAGAACCAGACCAUCUAUGCUUUCAAUCACACUAUCUCCAGGAACAAGACGGAGGGAGUGCGUGUGACCGUAGACGUGUUGUCACAGGGUUUGGAGAGUCCGAUCCUGUUUGUCGUACGACAGAAGCAAGCUGUGCUGUCAUUUCAAGUCCCUCUCAUACUGAGAGGCCUCUACCAGCGGAAGUACCCCUACAAUCAUGUGGGCCGGACGCUGUGUCAGCCUCCGACCCGGGCGCUCUCAGAGACCCAGUACUUCUUUGUGGAUGUGUCUACUCUAUCUAGCCAGGGCACCAACUACCAGCUCAGGGUCAGCCGUGUGGAAAGCUUCACCCUGCAGACGGACAAGAAAUUCAGCUUUACUGCGUCACCGUCCCAACCUCAGUACUUCAAGUAUGUCUUCCCAGACGGGGUGGACACUGUGAUCGUCAAGGUCAACUCAGACAUGACCUUUCCCUGCUCCGUUAUGUCCGUCCAGGACAUUCAGUGCCCCGUCUAUGACCUUGACAACAACGUGGCCUUCAUCGGGAUGUACCAGACCAUGACCAAAAAAGGCGCUAUCACUGUGCAGAGGAAAGAUUUUCCCAGCAACAGCUUCUAUGUAGUGAUCGUCGUAAAAACGGAGGAUGAGGCGUGCGGUGGUCCGCUGCGCUUCUACCCUCUUCGCCCCGAUGAGCUGAUCGAUGCUGGAAACAGGAGCAAGGCCAUUGAUGUCAUGGUCUCACCUGCUAUCAACUUUGAGGUCUACGUGAUGGGCAUGCUGUUCUGUCUGGGCAUCUUCCUCUCCUUCUACCUGCUCACCUUGCUCAUGGCCUGUGUGGAGAACAAGCGAAUAAAGAAGAGGGACCUGUUUCAGAUUCCUGCUGACACGUCUCCUGCUGAGACAGCCUCUCUGCUUGGGAAGAACGGAGAUGGGAAGAUUCCAGGUGUGCAAUAUGAAUACGGCUCCUUUGCUGACAAUGGCAGCACACUCAGCUCAGAGGCCAUCACUGACAGCGCCACAUCCACCGACAACAACUAUGGAUACAUAGGACAGGAGCUUUUGAAACGUCGCCCAAUCCUCAAUCACCCUCAGCACAUAGCCGUCAGCAUCGAGCGCUCGCUGGACAGUGUUGGGCGAAGCAGACGAGAGUCUUUGAGCUCUGUGGAGGAGGACGACUACGACACACUGGACGACAUCGACUCAGACAAAAACAUUGUCCGCACCAAGAAAUUUCUCUAUGUGUCCGACCUGGCUCGCAAAGACAAGAGGAUCCUCAGCAAGAAAUACCAAAUCUACUUCUGGAACAUUGCCACUAUCGCCGUGUUUUAUGCGCUGCCUGUCGUCCAGCUGGUCAUCACCUAUCAGACGGUGGUCAAUGUUACAGGAAACCAGGACAUCUGCUUCUAUAACUUCUUGUGUGCUCACCCCCUGGGAGCGCUAAGUGCUUUCAACAACAUCCUCAGUAACAUGGGGUACGUGAUGCUGGGUCUCCUCUUCCUGCUCAUUGUCCUCAAAAGAGAUAUCAUCCACAAUCGAGCCAUGGUCCGCAACGAUCUCAACGCGCUGGUAAGGCUCACACCCACCCAGGAAUGUGGAAUCCCAAAGCACUUUGGUCUGUUUUAUGCCAUGGGAACUGCUCUGAUGAUGGAGGGUCUGCUCAGUGCUUGCUACCACGUCUGCCCCAACUACACUAACUUCCAGUUCGACACCUCCUUCAUGUACAUGAUUGCUGGACUUUGCAUGUUAAAGCUGUAUCAGAAGAGACACCCCGACAUCAACGCGAGUGCUUACACAGCCUACGCCUGCCUGGCUGCCGUCAUCUUCUUUUCUGUGCUGGGAGUGGUGUUUGGGAAAGGAAACAUGGUGUUCUGGAUCGUGUUCUCUGUGAUCCACAUUCUGGCCACAAUGCUGCUGAGCACUCAGCUGUACUACAUGGGCCGAUGGAGGAUGGACUCUGGGGUCCUGCGCAGGAUCGUGAACAUCAUCUACACAGACUCCAUCAGACAGUGCAGCGGACCGUUGUACAUUGACCGGAUGGUUCUUCUCGUCAUGGGGAACAUAGUCAACUGGUCUCUGGCGGCGUACGGCCUCAUAGAGAGACCCAACGACUUCGCCUCCUACCUGUUGGCCAUCGCCAUCUGCAACCUGCUGCUCUACUUUGCCUUUUACAUCAUUAUGAAGUUGCGGAGUGGUGAGAGGAUCCAGUGUCUGGCGUUGGUGUGUAUUCUGUUCACAGCGGUGGUCUGGGGCUUUGCACUGUAUUUCUUCUUCCAGGGACUCAGCACCUGGCAGAAAACUCCAGCCGAGUCUCGUGAGCAUAACAGGGAAUGCAUCCUGCUGUCCUUCUUUGACGACCACGACAUUUGGCACUUCCUCUCCUCCAUCGCCAUGUUUGGAUCCUUCCUGGUCCUCCUAACCAUGGACGACGACCUCGACACCGUCCAGAGAGAUAAGAUCUUCGUCUUCUAGACGUGUCCGAUCUUCCUCUCCGCCUUAUCGCCCUUGUCUCUCGCUCCGUUUGCGUCUCAUUGUGUACUUGAAAGAAGCACAGCCAGUAGCCUGUUAUUCUCCAGGCUGUACAGUGGGAACCACUCUGCCCCUCAUCAGUCAGUCAGGGGGCGGGCCGCUGGGGGGGAAGUAGCCCCGCCCCCAACCUUUGAAUGGACACAAGUGUGCCAACAAAGAGCUGGGUCGACUUAAACGUGACGCUGAAGUGUUUCAUCCUCUUGCUGCCAUCAUCAGUUUAACUGUUGUAAUCAAUGUUUACUUACUGCUGACGACGUAAUUAACAAUGAAGACUGAAUUAAAAUAAAAAUAAUAUAUCGAAAUUAACUUAUUUUAUACUGUCCGCAUUACAUUUGACCCUUCAAGUCAACACAGCUUUUGAAAUGACCGUUUGUAUGCUGUUUCUAUGCUCUGUGUUUGUACAGGUAUGUGUGUGUGUUUACAAAUGUAUAAAUGUGAGAACAUGAACUAUGUCUGUGGCCUUUUUAUGUCCUAAUCAAGUUAGUCACAUACUGUGCUCUGAUUGGUCAGAUCAUCCAGCUAGCCGUCCCUCUCAUUGGAGGAUAAUAAUGGUGAUGAUUGUACCUCCUUCUUGACUGUCCUAAGGUCUGAUCAUCAAAGGUUUAUUUGCACUGUACUGUAUAGAAAAAGGUGAAUUAAAUGUCAAUAUUGCAAUGAGCGGUUACUGAAUAAAGGACUCAUUUUCAAAACCUU